CCAAAAAAUAGAAAAUCCCUAAGACACAUCAGAAACAACAACCCACGGUCCCCACCCAUUUCUCUAUUCGCCUCCAAUAGCUGCUACAGUCGCCGCCAAUGGCUAUGGACGAUGCGGCACUUUUGCGGAGAAGGCGAACGAUUUCAGCUGUGGACUGUACAAUCAGAUAGAGACGGUGAAGGCGGAGGCCGGCGCCGCCUCCAUAACUCUCGAGCAGACGUGCGCUCUCAACGAACAAAAAUACGUUUCCCUUUCCGCAGAGUACUCUUCUCUGCAGCUACAGAAAUUACAGAGCUGAAAGUCGAGAGCUUCUCCAUUUCAGGGCACAGUCGUCGCAAAAUCCACCCCUCACCUCUGUCUGCUUCUCUCGCCGGCCGCCACUCAGCCGUCAGGCCAGAAAUCGCCAUCAUCGUCGCUGUCGGGCUCGUCUGCCAUGGUGGAUACAUUCGUAGACCAUUGGCUUGCAAUCCUAUAAUUCCAUAAUACAUGCUGAAAGGCUUUUUGGGUACUUACCGAUACAGGAAGCUUCUUCUUCAAGUCCAUAAAAGGGGAGAGAGAGAAUUUCUUCUCCACUUUCAGUUUGUUUCAGUCGACGACAAAGGAGAGAGGAGGAGGAUUUUAUAUAACAAGUCAAAUUGUUUCGGUUUAGUCUGCAGAUUGUACCAUGAUGGUGACAUGAGGGCCAGGAUUCUUGGUGCCCAAUUUCUUCAGGCAUUCAACUAUAAAAAUACCAAAGCAUACCAACUAAGAACGAAGCCGCUAUAUCCAACUACUCAAAUUUUCGAAUUCAAUGUUUUGAGCACUAACUGACUUAACUAGAUAUCUAAAUCAAAAUAAGAGUUAUGUGCGUGUGUUAAAUAAUACUCAAUUCGUUCCACGAAUCUUGACACGUUUGGUUUUGGCGCGGGAAUUAAGGAAUUGUAGAUUAAUGCUUUAAGUAUAAUUAAUAAAGUAUAAUAGUGAUAAAGUAGGAGUAAUAUAAGUGAUAAAGUAGGAGAGAGGAGAUAAUAAUUAUUACCUUAUUUUGAAAUGUGUCAAGAUUCGUGAGACGACCCAAAAAGGAAAACGUGUUAAGAUUCGUGGGACGGAGAGAGUACUAUAUUAUUAUAUAUAUUAUGAUUAUGAUUGUUCUUAUCUAAUGAAAAUUUGAUUCAAUAAUACAUCACUAGGAUUGUUCUUAUCUAAUAAAUCGUGCAGACAAGGAAUUUUUGUGGAAAUCUGGCGUAGAAUGAUUGUUGAAGUUUGACUUGGGUAUAAAACUACAAACUUCACAAAUUUCAAACCAUCAACUACGGUCGAGCUGAUAAAUAUAUUUUGGCCUUUUCCCAAGCAUUGCUGUUUUAACCUUCUGACUUCUGAGAUUGGAGAUUUUGUUAUUGCAAACCGACACACGGUAAAUCGUUCAUCAAUCAAAUCAAACAAAAUAAAAGUUUUAUAUUUUUGAAACGAGCGUUUUUGCUCCCGCCACUUUGAGGGUUCGACCCUACCCCGUAGGAAAUUAAAUUAAAUUUUCAGAGUAACAGGAGAAAUGAAUGAUUUCAAUCAAGAGUGGGGAGGCUAGCAUUUAUGAUUCGCCACAUGCUCACAAUUAAUGCACCAACACCCAAACAUUUCGUACAUGGAAACAAGAUCAAUACCUUUUUAAUCCACACAUUAACAAGAAAUAGGUAAAAAGAAAAAAAAAAAACCCACAAUACUUCUCAAGAGUUUACACAAAACAAAACAAAACCCUUUUGCUUUAGAGAGAGAGAGAGAGAAGGGGCUGGAAAUGGAUUUGGGAAUGAAGGGGUGGAAUGAAUUGGGGGUUGUUGGCACAAUCUAUGAAGAAGAAGAUGAAAAUUCUGCAUUAUCAUCAUCAUUCUCCACUAUUCCUUCCCUUGAAUCUUCCCCUUCAAACACACCACAGCUCUCCAGGCAAGACCCACCAUGGGCAUCAGGAAGGAGGCAUGAUCCGGAUGUGGUUAUACAUGUCCAGGGCUCAUGUUUUCGCCUUCACAAGCAAGCAUUGAUAGCGAAGAGUGCCUAUUUGAAACGGCAGCUGGCUGAAUUCCCCGAAAUAACCCUCUCCCCGCCGUUGAGCAUAACGGCUCAAACGUUCGCCUCGGUAACGGAGUUCUGUUACGGAACGCACGUCGCCGUUACUCCGUUCAACGUCGCCGCGCUCCGGACGGCGGCGGAGCUGCUCGGCAUGACGGGGACCGGCGGCGCUGGAGGCGAAAACUUGGAGGAGAUAACGGAGGCCUAUUUCCGGCGCGUCGUGGCCGUUAACAAGGAGUGCGCUUCGAUCGUGCUGCAGUCGUGCUUCCCGCUCCUUCCGGAGGCGGAGGUGGCGGCGUGCCUCGUGAGCAGAUGCAUCGAGGCGUUAAGUCUGACGGCGUCGGAAGCUGACGGGGACGGCAGCUGUUUGGAAGGGUUCAAGAAUGUACGGAUGGAUGAUCUGAAAUUGAUAUUGGAAUCAGUGAGUCAGCGUUUGACGGAUUGUCACGAUCUUCUCUACAGAAUCAUCGACAUCUAUCUCAAGGAAAACAUCGCGUGGUUGUCGGAGGAGGAGAAGAUUCAAAUGUGCAACUACAUAGACUGCAGCAUCUUAUCAGCGAAGCUGUUGAUGCACGCAGUCCAGAAUCCCAGAAUGCCGCUGCGCUUCGUGGUCCAAGCCAUGUUCCUCCAGCAGCUCAACACGCGCCACUCCAUCAUCUCCGCCGCCGACCGCCGCGACAAGAAGGAGCCCCGCCCCGCCGCCACCCUGGGGGCCAUCCUCAAGAGGGAUGCAGCUCUCCGUCAGGUGUCGCAGCUCAAGGCCGUCAUGACCGCCACGACCUCGCGCAUCCAGACUCUUGAGGAGGAGCUCAGCGGCAUGAGGAAGCUCCUCGCCGAACCGGAGACCCUCAAGAACCGGAUCGACUCGGGCCGGUCCGCUAGCUUCCGCUUCAGCUCCGACGGCGCCAGCAAGGUCGCCAGAGGCCAGGUCGGCUCCGUUUCUUCGUUGAGUUAUGUUAUCGCGACUUGUCGUCGGAGGUGCCGUCGGAGAUGAAGUUCGGGCGAAGGCUGAUCAACGGAUUGAAGAACGCGUUCGGCUUGCAGAAGAAGAAGUCUGAGAGGAAAGAGGCGAUUGGAAAUGGUGAUGUUUUGGGAGAGAAAGAUAUAGUGAUAAUAAGAAAAGAUCACGCAUUUCAUAAGCGCAGUCGCUCUCAAGUCUAACUACCUACGAUUUUCACUACAUAUCAUCAUCUACUUUAUUAAGAGGUCAUUGUUAUGCAUUUAGUUUCAGUUCAGUAUCUAUUUCAAUCUUGUGAUUACAGUAGAAUUAAUGUAGUAGUGAAUUAAAAGUGAAAAGAAAUCAACUGUCUUUUUUAUUACUUUA